AUGUUCUCACUGAAGAUAAGCCAGUUGGGUGUCUUGACUACGACUAUGUUCUCACUGAAGAUAAGCCAGAAGAGCCUGAUGAGUCAUCAAGUCUAUCUGAAAAGAAAUCUCGACUAUGUUCUCACUGAAGAUAAGCCAGAAGAGCCUGAUGAGUCAUCAAGUCUAUCUGAAAAGAAAUCUCGUACUAAGUGGGUCAAAGCCAACAAGCUUGCAAUGCUGAUCAUUAGAGCAUUGGUGGACCAGACUAUUUGUGGAGGUAUUCCGACUUGCAAAACUGCUAAGGAGUUGCUUGAGACCAUCAAGAAGCAGUUUAAGGGAUCCGUCAGAGCGAAAAAGUACAGUUAUCUGGUCAAACUCAAUAAUUUAAAAUAUGAUGAAAGUGGUGAUGUUCGUCAGCACAUUUUGAAGGUUUCUCAGUUGAUCAUUCGUCUCAGGGAGUUGAGACUUCAGUUAGAGGAUGAUCUGAUGGUUUAUUUUGUAGUCGCUUCUCUACCAAGCAAAUUUGACAUUUUUAAGGUGAAGUACAGUUCUCAAGACAGAAAAUGA